ACUAAAAAAACGCGCCCAGGCGCAGACCACAUGUCUAAAGCAAUCAUUCAAGAUCCAACUGUUAUUAAUUAUAUAACAAAGACAUUAACCAACACAGAGAACGACUACCAUGUAGGAUGCUCUGAAUGGAGUGAUAGUACUCGUUCUGAUGUGGUCUUAGAGCCAAAAUCAUUUGAUCUUGGGCUCCCACCAAUUAUAAUUGAAAUACAACAAAUGGUUGAUAAAGCUUUCAUGAAGAGAGCGGUUGGGUAUUGCCUACAAGCAUCGAAGAGAUAUAAUGUCGACCCCAUUAUUCUUAUUAUAUGCGUUAAUAGCUUAGAUAGUUAUGUUGCUUCGCGCAUAGUAGCCAGUGAUGUUUAUGGCGGAUAUGACUUUCUCUGCGAUCCUUGGGCAGCUAAUUGCAUUGUUCUUUCUAAAGAAAGUCUUAACAAGGACAAUGUAAGUAGUCCAUUAGACCCUCUGUUUGCCCUUGGAUUGUUCUUCACCAGCCAGGCUCUUUCUAUAAUGAGUGCCCCUUUUGCAAAUGAUCCAACUAUACAAUAUUUAUAUAGUUUGGUUACAAGUCGUGAAGAAAAUUGUAGCAACAAUAUUGCAUUAUCGCUACUCGAAUCACAACAUCGUGAAUAUGAGAAGCUGCUGACACUUGUUAAUACAGCUGGAUCAUCAGAUGUAUGAGUUCAAGCAAUUAUUGAUGCAAUUCUCUUCACGACUUGAAGCCAAGUUAUAUAGAUGUUGUCUAGUUGGAUCAUUAACAAAAGGAGCAUUGUCAUGGUUGUAAGAUUUGUAACUUAAUUCAA